GUGACGUCAUUAUGAACGGGAUUGUUCGGGUGGUUCGGGCCCACUGUGGUUCGGGCAGUUCGGGCGGUUCGCGUAUCGACUGAACGAGCGCAUCGUAUUUCGAAAGCAAAAUCCACGCGUUUGCUUCCAUAGCUUACGAAGAUCGAAACAUGGCAAGUGCCGUCGAAGUCAAAGUGGAAAAACUUGAUUCCGCCGACGUCGAACAAAAAAUAAUCGAGCUUUGCAAUGCCAACCCAGCGGGAAUCACGGACAAAAUCGUCCAACUACACAUCCCCAAUGUGGAACCCGUCAUAAGGGCGGAGGCAUUCAACAAGUUGUUGGGACAGGGCAAAAUAGAAAUCCUCAAGCAGAAGAAUCAACUACUGUACAGACUGAAGGACCCGGAAGCAGACAAGAAAUGCAAGGGCUCCGACAGGGAAGAGAAGGUCGUCUACAAGAUUGUGGAGGAGGCUGGAAACAAAGGCAUCUGGAUCCGCGACAUCCGCAUGAAGAGUGGCCUGGUGCUCACCUCGCUCAACAAGAUUCUGAAGAACUUGCAGAGCAAGAAACUCAUCAAAGCCGUCAAGUCUGUCUCGGCUUCCAAGAAAAAAGUCUACAUGCUGUUCAACCUUGAACCAGACCGUUCUAUCACCGGGGGUGCCUGGUACAGCGAUCAAGACUUUGAGUCCGAAUUUGUCGAAGUCCUCAAUCAGCAGUGCCACCGGUUUCUGCAAAAGAAGCUGACAGUGGCCAGGGAGACAAGCAAGGAUCCCAUGCUGGAGAAGAACGCCUCCUUUGCCUCUUCCAAAGAGGUGUGGAACUUCAUCAUGGAGCUCGGCAUCAGCAAGGUCCAGUUGAGCAUGGACGACAUUGAGACCAUCCUCAACACCCUCAUCUACGACGGCAAAGUCGAGAAGACGGUCGUUUCGGCGGGAGGGAUGGGCUCAUCUUCCAAGGGGGCCGGGGCGGACUCUGCGGACGUGGUCAACCUGUACCGGGCGGUCGAUCCGCUGGUCGAAAGCGCCGGCAUCAUGCGGAUGCCCUGCGGCACGUGUCCCGUGAUCCAGAAUUGCUACGAAGGUGGCGUGGUGUCCCCGGCCACGUGCCAGUAUUUCAAAAAGUGGCUUGACAUGGACUUCGACGAAAACGGGUCGUUCGACGACGUUUUCUGACGAAGCGCCGUGCAGCACAAGAUUUGUACAGCUCCGAAGAAUUGAAUAAACGUGUCGCCCGUGCGAUCGUUAGCAAAGCGAGAAAUGCACGCCUUUA